AUGCAAUCCCAUUUCAAAGCGUGCAAAUUCCAUUUCGUAAACACUGUUAAUUGGUCCGCGUUUUUCGUUGAUUACCCUAAAGCAGCGCAUAAAACACCGCGCAUUUCCAAAUCAGCCAUUACAUUACUUGACUGCUUGGUCGAAGUUUGUUAUGCGCUAAAAUUGGAUUAUAUUUCAAGAUUUGAAAACAUCGAUGAUGUGACGUCACGAAGUGGUGAUGACGCAACAGAAAAACCCACUUCAACAUGGUAUGUGACGUCACAGAGGAUCAAGCGGACCAUGACGCAAAGAUGGAAUAAAGAAAAGUCAGCGAAUAAAGCUGCCGAAGAAAAGCGCAAGACGUCUGUGGAAUGUCAGCCUUUGACGUCAACAUGUGACGUCAGGUAAUCGACGUUUUAUUUUCAGACGAAGAACAAAGACGAAGACGCCAAUAUAAGGAUACCCGGUUUGAGGUGUUUGUGGGCUUAUGUGUGUAUAGGCCUAUU